GAACCUGAGCGUCGGGCCCCUCGCAGCUCCUCGGCCUCACUGCCGGCUCCUCCACUCGGAAGCGCCCCGGAGUCGCAGCCCAGGCAGCCCAGGCCGGGCGCACGAGCCGGCCCUCCCGCGCCCCCUGCCCAGACGCGCCCCGCCCCGCCCCGCGCCGCCCCGCGCCGGCCCGCGCCGCAGCUUUCCUCGGCCUCGGAGCGUCCCCGGCCCCAGCGCCUGCCCGUCGCGGUGGGCGUCGAGAUGAAGGCGGCCCGCUUCGUGAUGCGCAGCGCCGGCUCGCUGAGCGCGGCCAGCGUGGUCCCCCGCGAGGUCGAGCUUUUCUCGCGCUACAGCCCGUCCCCGCUGUCCAUGAAGCAGCUCCUGGACUUCGGUACAGAAAAUGCAUGUGAAAGAACUUCUUUUGCAUUUUUGAGACAAGAAUUGCCUGUGAGGCUGGCCAAUAUCCUGAAGGAAAUUGAUAUCCUCCCUGAUCGAUUAGUCAAUACCUCUUCGGUGCAGUUAGUUAAAAGCUGGUAUAUCCAGAGCCUGAUGGAUUUGGUGGAAUUCCAUGAGAAAAGCCCAGAAGACCAGAAAGCAUUAUCAGAUUUUACAGAUACUCUCAUCAAAGUUCGAAAUAGACACUACAAUGUAGUUCCUACAAUGGCACAAGGAAUCAUAGAAUAUAAAGAUGGCUGUACAGUUGAUCCAGUCACCAACCAAAAUCUUCAGUAUUUCUUGGAUCGAUUUUACAUGAACCGUAUUUCUACCCGGAUGCUGAUGAACCAGCAUAUUCUUAUAUUCAGUGACUCAGAGACAGGCAACCCAACUCACAUUGGAAGCAUUGAUCCAAGCUGUGAUGUGGCAGCCGUGGUCCAAGAUGCCUUUGAGUGUUCGAAGAUGCUUUGUGACCAGUAUUAUUUAACGUCUCCAGAAUUAAAGCUCACACAAGUGAAUGGAAAAUUUCCAGGCCAGCCAAUUCACAUUGUAUAUGUACCUUCUCACCUUCAUCAUAUGCUCUUUGAACUAUUCAAGAAUGCAAUGAGGGCAACAGUUGAACACCAGGAAAAUUGGCCUUCCCUUACACCAAUUGAAGUGAUUGUUGUCUUGGGAAAAGAAGAUCUUACAAUUAAGAUUUCAGACAGAGGAGGUGGUGUUCCCCUGAGGAUCAUUGAUCGCCUCUUUAGUUACACAUACUCCACGGCACCAACGCCUGUGAUGGAUAAUUCCCGGAAUGCUCCUUUGGCUGGUUUUGGUUAUGGCUUACCAAUUUCUCGUCUCUAUGCCAAGUACUUUCAAGGAGAUCUGAAUCUCUACUCUAUGUCAGGAUAUGGAACAGAUGCCGUCAUCUACUUAAAGGCUUUAUCUUCAGAGUCUGUAGAAAAACUCCCAGUCUUUAACAAAUCAGCCUUCAAACAUUAUCAAAUGAGCAUCGAGGCCGAUGACUGGUGUAUCCCAAGCAAGGAACCAAAGAAUCUGGCAAAGGGGAAAGUGGCUCUGUGAAAGUGGACACUCAGGACACUUUAAGGGAUCAAAGUGGGUCUAAGCCAGUGCUGCUUCCUGAAUGUUUGUGUGUGAACUCGUUUCCUCAAAAACAAACAAAAGCAACAAAGACUCCUUGUUGGGAACAGUGGUGCAAGAAGGAACGAAGCCCGUUCCUCGGACCCAGGAGAGUGUAAUGUAGGUGUUAACAGAUGGCCAGCUCUCUAGGUCUUUAAACUUAGCAUAACGUACAAGCUUCUAUCAGAUCCUGAAGCAGGAAAAGCUUCAGUUUGCCCUGUCUUUAUCGACAAGAAUGGGAACGAAGUAAAGAUAUAAGCUAGCAGUUUCAAUAGACUGAUAUUUUAGGCCUGUGAUUGAUGGCAUGAGAUAAUGGUAUUUAUUGCAUAUCGAGUGUCAAUAUGCCAGUAUUUCCCUGACAUCAAAGGGUUAGGGCUUACUUUAUGCUCUGUAAUUAGAAAUGUAUGUAAAGGUACAUUUCUUGUAUUUCUGUGUUCUCUAGGGAGGAAAAGCUGGUGACUAAAUAACAUUUACUUUGUAUGUUAUUUGAGUGAGGGAGGAAUGAGUCAAAACGUUUUGGAAAUUCAGAAGAAAGCCUCUUCUGAUAAAUACCGUAUCUUCAUUAUGCUGCUUUCCUGUUUACACUUCAUAUAAUAAGUGAACACUUAUUGCCAGGUGCCUGCCUAGUCUUGGGUGAGUUUUAAAAUAUGCACUGAAUUGAGGAUGUUGGCAGUUGGAGGGAGAGAAGAAUUGCCAAAGUGAUAGCAAAACUCUCUUCGCCUUACUUUGUUUAUAAAUGAAAUGUACAUUGGAAAAACCAAUGUUAGGGAAAGAAACUAUACAUUCAGAACCUAACUCAGUAGGAGGGGCUGUUCACUCCCCUGCAAUGGUGGUAAUCCAAUGAUGGCAUUCCUUUUCUAGGCUUAAAAAGGUAUAUUUUUGAUACAUGUAAUUAUAUUCUCUACACUCCUGCAUUAACAUGUCCAUAAAAAUAAUUCCUAAUUAUCAAGUGAUUCAAGAACAUUCAAACUUAAAUACUUCUUGGGAUAUUUCUAACAAACAGCCUGGGAGUAAGAGGUUUUCAUUCCAGGUUGCUUUCAUUUGAAUCAUUGAGACUGAGGGAUGAUAAAUGAAAGUUGUAAUGCGUAUGGAACUUUUGGGGACUUUGAUAUAAUCUGUAGGCUGACAGGCCGGUCUAGCACAUCACUCUCACAGAAGGAAGAGAAAAACAGAAAGAAGGAAGGAAGAGGGAAGAAAGAAACAGAAGACAGGCAUCUUGCUUCCCCCCCCACCCCCACAAAUUAUUUUAAGAAAUGAUCUAUAUUUUCAUAGCUAAAUUACUGGCAAGAGGAUGAAUUGGUCUUUAAAAACAGAAUGGCUUCUUUAAAUAGUUCCCUCACUUUUGCAAGGUAAUAGUCUUUUAUGAGAUAAUCUCAUCUGUGACAAAUUGGUAGGUAAAUUGGGAUAUAGAAAAAACCUAGAAUUUUCUGCAUUGUAAAAUAAUAAGUACUGUUUAUGUUUGUAUAUGUAGAAUUUAACAUUUGUGUUUAAUUUUGCUGUGGUCUAGAAUUGUGGUGUUUCUGUAGUGGCCAUAAAGGCCUGAAAUGAUUUAUUAUGGAUGUCAGACUUUAUCAUGAGAAGUCCUAGGUAAUGACUUUUCUUGAUGGUGGGACUCUGACUCAUGCAUUUAUCAAUUACACAAAAUUAUUUGCAAUAGAUUAUUUGACUUUUCAGUUUUUACUGAAAUUUUAAACAUUUUGCAUGUAAAUACUUGUAUUUACCAAAGAUUUAAAGCAGUUGAUUAAUUAAUCCAAACACUGUGAACUGUCUUUGAAAUACUAGAGAAAAAGAAAUGUUAAUAUCACAGUAACAUCAACUAUACUGUAUAAAUAGAGUUCUAUAAUACAGAAAUAGUCUACAUUGGUAUUUGUGAAAUCUAUGGAAGAACUUUAGGAUUCUAGCAGAUGGAUACUGAAUGUUCAGGCCCACUUAAGUUAUUGAUGUAUAAAUUGUGUUUUUGUCUCUAUGUACAGAGAUGUAACCAUUUUUAUAAUAAAUAUUUUUAUUACAACAGGAAACAUA